AUGGCUCACUCUUCUAAUCUUCGCUUCGAUAUUAAUACCAUCUCCUCCUCUCCUGCUCAGAGUAGGAGUAUUACUACUACUACUCGCAAGCUUCCUUCUUCUUGUACAUGCAUGGUUCUCACUUCACCAACGGAGCUAACUAGGAAGAUAAUAACUAACCCACAACCACCACCACCACCACCUCCACUCUUGAAAAAAUCCAAGCCACCACCAUCACCUACUCCUCCUACUAUUGUUACUUUCCCUCACAACCCAGAGAUCGCUCUAAACCCUCUCCAGAAGCUUCUAGCUUCUGCAUUGGACUCCGUCGAGAAUAGUUUUAUCGCCGUCUUGGAAAAGAAGCGCCCGUUACCUCGUUAUGCCGACCCUUCUGUACAGUUGUCCGGAAACUUCGCUCCUGUGUCCGAAUGCCCGGCUACAAACUGUCUAGAAGUUUCCGGAAGGAUCCCGGCAGCACUACACGGCGGCGUGUACCUUCGCAAUGGUGCCAACCCGAUGGUCCCGCCAUCCGGCGGGCACCAUUUGUUUGAUGGCGACGGCAUGAUCCACGCCGUCACGUUGUCGAGCAAGAAAGAAGCCUCGUACAGCUGCCGGUUCACGCGGACGAGCCGACUUUCACAGGAGGCGCUGCUCGGUCAGGCCGUAUUUCCGAAGGCCAUCGGCGAGCUCCACGGCAGCCCCACUGGCCUCGCCCGCCUGGCACUGCUCCACCUUCGCGCAGCCGUUGGCGUCGUCGACCUGUCCGGCGGCCUUGGCACGGCCAACGCCGGCCUCGCCUUCUUCGCCGGCCGUCUCCUCGCCAUGUCCGAGGACGACCUGCCCUACCAUGUUCGCGUCGCCUCUGACGGCGAUCUCGAAACCAUCGGCCGCUUCGACUUUAAUCGCCAGCUGAAUUCCCCGAUGAUUGCCCACCCGAAGAUCGACCCGGCGACCGGCGAGCUGUUCGCGCUGAGCUACGACGUAAUCCGGAAGCCAUACUUGAAAUACUUCCGCGUUGACCCGGUCAACGGAGUGAAGUCCACGGACGUGGCUAUUUCCCUGGAGGCGCCGACGAUGAUGCACGACUUUGCAAUCACCAAGAGCUACGUGGUGAUCCCCGACCAGCAGGUCGUGUUCGACCUCCCGCGGAUGCUGCGCGGCGGCUCCCCCGUCGCGUGCGACCGCGGAAAGAAGCCGAGGUUCGGCGUGAUGCCGAGGUACGAUAAAGACGAGUCGAGGAUCCGGUGGGUCGACGUGCCGGACUGCUUCUGCUUCCACUUGUGGAACGCGUGGGAGGAGGAUGACGGACAGACGGUGGUAAUCACCGGAUCGUGCAUGUCGCCGCCGGAUGCCAUAUUUUCGGACAGCCAUGAAAAGAUGACGAGCGUUCUAUCCGAGAUCCGGCUUAACUUGCGCACCGGAGAAUCUACACGGAGGGAAAUUGUACCCGGGAUGAACCUGGAGGCGGGACAGGUGAACCGGUCGCUGCUCGGGCGGAGAACCAGGUACGCGUACAUGGCGAUCGCCGAGCCGUGGCCCAAGUGCAGCGGUAUAGCGAAGGUGGACCUGGCGAGCGGGGAGGUGCGGCUGUUCGAGUACGGGGAGGGGAGGUUCGGGGGGGAGCCGACGUUCGUGCCAGCCCCCCAGUCGAUAAUGGGUGGCUGCGGGGAGGAGGACGAAGGGUACGUCGUCGGCUUCGUGCACGACGAGAGGGCCGGUCGGUCGGAGCUGGUCGUGGUGGACGCGCCCACCAUGAAAUUGGCGGCGGUGGUGAGGUUGCCGUCCAGGGUGCCGUACGGGUUUCAUGGCACGUUUGUUUCGGCCGAGGAGCUACGUCGGCAACGUAAUUGA